AUGAAAGUUUCGAAUUUACUGAAAGUACUACUAUUGAAAAUCUUCACUUGCAAAGAUAACAAUAAAAACAUUUGCUUUCAGCUUUUCAUUAUUCUGGCUGUUGCUUUGAACUUAUCUAAUCCUGUUGUUAAUAUGAACCGAAUAUGUGCAGUGAUGAAUUCAACGGGCAUUUAUUAUGGCACUGUACAUUUUUCUCUGAUAGCUGUUACUUACAUAUUCUGCUUUGUAGUACUAUGGAAUCUUUUUCGCAAAUCUAAUAAAAGAAGGGUGAGUCAUACUGAGAUUUUCCUUCGUAUGAUCCUUUCUCUGGACUUUGUCUCCGUUCUUCUUGUUUCAAUCCCAAAUCUUAAGCAAAAAUUUUGGGGAUGGUUUGAUUGUUGCUCGUCAAAUCACAACCUUAUAGGUACAGGAACCAAGCAAUCAUGGUGCUGGUUCCGUACCAAGGUAUGCCUUGCAGCGACAUGUAGAUCGAUAGGCAUGUUUUUAUUUUCCAUUUCAGAAAUAGAAACAAACAAAUCCUAA